AUGGUCUUAUCAAAUGGAACUUUAAUUUAUGUGACAAAGCUAGCACUACGGAACAACAACCUAUUUAUAAGGACACUCAAAAAUAGUGCUUCAUUGCGAUGUGACGGAUUCUCAAAUGUAAUUGGUCCAAAGAAGAGAAAACCAUUGUUCAAGCUGGCUCGGAAUCCAAAACGAAUCAUGACAUACGAAAAUGAUAAAAUUGACUUGAACAGUGCGCUGGCGGAGUAUAAUUUAAAAGAGACGGAUUUGGUUGGUUUACCGUCAACUCCAUCUCGUUUAAGACCGGCUACAAAUGGAUCGGAUCCGUGUUCAGCUGCAACGACUGUUGCAGCGACUACUCUGUUGUAUUCGCUCGAUGAUGUUUAUCAAACGGCUUUAAAGGUUCAUGGCUCAAAAGAGGCUGUCAAUGCACAACGAAGACCUCUAAUCCCGAUCGAUAAAAAGCCGACCGAAGCUGAGCUAAUGCGGACUAGAAUGAGAGUGGAAGCUGUCGCAAAAGAACAUUCAACAAAAGGAGCGGAUCGGGUUGUAGCAAUUGCAUUUACGCUCAACACAUGUGAUAUGGUUUUCAAGUAUGCCGCUGCUUAUCUAACUGGAUCGAAAUCACUUUUCGCUGAAGCUAUUCACAGUACAAUGGAUACUUGCAAUCAACUUAUUUUGUUAUUGGGGAUACGUUACUCAAAAAGGCAUCCGAAUCCACAAUUUCCUUACGGAUAUGGUAAUAUGCGUUAUGUGACUUCAUUAAUUUCUGGUUGUGGAAUUCUUGGAUUUGGAUGUGGGCUUUCUAUUUAUCAUGGAAUCUCCGGUCUUCUUCAUCCAUCAGCGCUUGAGCCGUUAACUUAUGCCUACUAUGCCCUUGGGAUGUCAUUUUGUUUCCAAGGCGCUUCUGCUAUUACCGCUUAUAGAGAGGUGCGGCUAAAAGCCAACAAGGCAGGAACAACGAUUUUGAAUUACGUUCGCACAGCAGCCGAUCCUUCUCUAAACGUUGUGCUGCUAGAAGAUACCGCUGCUGUUUCUGGGGUUAUUAUCGCAUUGAGCGCUAUCACAUCAUCUUGGUAUUUUGAAUCACCAAUACCCGAUGCUUUGGGUUCUGUCGUGAUUGGCGGUCUGCUUGGUACUGUUGCUAUGUUCAUUAUUCGAACAAAUGCUCAACACCUUGUUGGGCGAUCUCUUCCUCAACGAAUCACGGAAGAUAUUGUUGCUCGAUUGAACAACGAUCCAGCGAUUAGAUCUGUUCAUGACGUAAAAGCAACAGCUCUUGGAGUCGAGCAAUCUCGCUUCAAAGCUGAGCUCGAUUUCGAUGGACGAAUGAUCACAAGACGAUACAUUGAUCAAGAAACCGACAUUCAUGAUCUUUUCCAACAAGUGAAAUCAUUGGAAUCAGAAGAGGAAUUGCAAGAAUGGAUGGAGGAUCACGGAGAGAAGAUUAUCGAUCGAUUGGGUGUUGAGAUUGAUCGAAUCGAGAAUGAGAUUACAAGAAAGCAUCCCGACAUCCAACAUGUCGACUUAGAAGCUCUU